AGUCGCAGGCCAGGGUCACCAACCUUCGAAUGCAGCUUGUCAACUGCAAGAAGGGUGGCCAAACUGCUGCCGCCUACUUCGCCAAGAUGAAAACGCUUGGCGAUGAACUCGCUGCCGCUGGUCGCCCGGUUCCAGAUGAGGAACUGGUGACCUUCAUUCUUGCUGGACUCGACUUCGACUACAACCCGCUGGUGUCCUCGGUCGUGGGGCGCACAAAUCCAAUUUCGCUGAGUGAACUUUAUGCUCAGAUCCUUGCCUAUGACAUGCGCCUUCAGAUGCUGCAGGAUAACGCAGGCCACAGCUCCUCCGUGAACGCUGCCUUGCGUGGCCGUGGAGGACGUCGUGGGCGUGGCAACUUUGGUCGAGGCUAUGGCGGGCGCGGCAACAACAACAACAAUGUCUCUCCACCUCCCAAGGCCGGUGGACAGGGAGGUGCCAAGCCCAUCUGCCAGGUGUGCAAGAAGAAGGGGAAUGAAGCCGACGUCUGCUGGCACCGCUUUGAGGAGGAUUACCAGCCCAACGUCAAGACUGCUGGAGCUGCAUCCAUGAACUAUGGCGUUGACACGAACUGGUAUGCCGACAGUGGAGCCACUGAUCACAUCACGGCAGAAUUGGAGAAGCUGAGCAUCAGAGACAAGUACAAGGGCUCAUAUCAGAUCCAUACUGCAAGUGGGUCAGGAUCGGGCCACGAAGAGAGUCCUCCAUCGCGGCAAGUGUGAGGGUGGCCUCUAUCCCUUCAAGUCACAAGAGGCAGGAGCACAACGCCACAAACAAGCCUGUCGUGUUGCUAGACCAUCUACAUGGAGAUGGCAUAGCCGUUUGGGUUAUGCAUCUUUUCCUGUUGUCGAGAGAGUUAUUAGAAACAAUUCCCUUCCCUGUUCUUUUGAUCAUGAUAGUGAGUCGGUCUGUGACUCUUGCCAAAGAGCAAAGAGUCGUCAAUUUCCCUAUUCUAGCUCGAUGAAUAAAAGUUGUGCUCCUCUUGAGUUGAUACACUCAGAUGUGUGGGGACCUGCUCCCGUGUCUAUUGGCAAUCAUGCCUUCUA